UCACUCUUUAUCCUUAAGGGCAAGUGGUAUCGGCCGCCGCUUGUACGGUCGAAAAAAGGUAUUAUAUAAGAGCUAGAGUCGAAGAACCUGUCAAGAAGUGAGAGCUUCAACAAAAUCAGCAACAUCCGAUGACGUUCUCACUCUUAGAAAAAGGAGCUCUUCAACACAUCCUUAUAGCCCUCGCUUGGCUUGCGAUCGCUCGAGCUGAUUCCAUCGAUGCGAUCGCUGAUAGUGCCGACUCGUCGUGCGCAUCUGGAGAUGUCGCAGGCCAUUACGACUUGGGUUUACACAUCGCCAGUGUUUUCGUCUUACUGGUUGCGUCGGGUCUGGGAGUCUUCUUACCCGUGAUCCUUGGAGAAAAGGGGUCUCGCAGUGUUUGGUUUGGGAAUACUUUUUUUGUUUUAAAAUACUUUGGGACUGGAAUUAUCAUUAGUCUAGCGUUUUGCCAUCUGUUACAGGAAUCUUUCAAAACAUUUUCCAAUGAAUGCAUUGGGGAGCUUGCAUAUGAGCCCACCGCGCCAGCUAUCGCAAUGGGUUCAAUGUUUGUCAUCUGGCUUAUCGACUUUUUCGGGUCCCGCCGGUUAGCAAACAGAAAAGCUUUGUCGUCCUUGGAUGCCCACCAAUCGUGUGAGCCAUGCGAACCCAGCUCUCCGGACACGAAAUCGCCCGUCGCCGACUUAUGUUGCGAUUCUGGUCUGAAAUCCGUUGCCGAAACAUCUGAUAGAGCAAACCGGAGGGCACAUUGGGACGUGCAAUUACUUGAAGGAGGUAUCGUGUUCCAUUCGAUUAUGAUCGGAGUUUCUCUCGGCGCCCAAACAGACGGGUUCAGCGCUACUUUUGCAGCUCUGAUCUUUCAUCAGCUAUUCGAAGGUCUGGGUCUCGGUGCUCGGAUUAGUCUGCUCAUCUGGCCCUCGGGGAUAACAUCGUCCGUCAAAAAACAUUUGCUAUGUCUAGCAUAUACUCUGACCACUCCUGUUGGGAUUGCUAUCGGAAUUGGAGUUCAUCAAUCGUUCAAUGAGAAUGGAGAGGCUGAACUUCUGGCAAUCGGCGUUCUCAAUUCUGUAUCCGCUGGGAUUUUGCUCUACAGCGGCCUUUGUCAGCUUCUCUAUUCCGAAUGGGUAGUAGGCGAUAUGCGCAACGCUUCUAACAUGAGAGUGGCGGUGGCACUUAUCGCUUUGGUCUCCGGGUUGUUUGGAAUGUCCCUGAUUGGUAAAUGGACAUGAAAUAUACGUAAAAAUGAAGCAUCAUGCCCCGGUAUCUCAUGAAUGCAUUCGUGUGACCGAAGCAGGCAUGUGAUGUCAGAUCUCAGUCGGACCUUGGCCGUGGGCUCGAUUGCUAUCGCAUGAAACCGCUAGUUAGAUCAUCGGGCAUGUCUGGCGUAUCUGGGGAGAUGCUUAAGAGACGGAGUAAAACUGGGUCGAUGACCAGCUCAGCUAAGGAGAGAUCAACAACCUUGACAGAAAUAGGAGACGCGUUGUUGGGCCUGCUCUGUAUAUUGUCAAUCUUGACCAUCAUGGCACCGGAGGAAGGGUGGAGGUUGUUUGGAGGUCGAAUGGUGUAAGAAUACAGAGGAACGAGGGUAGGAGGAAGACAGAGUGGAGGACGAUUUAGAGUAGAUAAAAUGCAUAGCUCCAAGCAGCUUACUCCCUAGCUCAGCCAUCGCAUCGUCUACACUUAGCGCUUCUGGUACAACUAUGUGCCCAGGGAUACGUACUGCACGAAUCCAGCGUACGUUUCGGUUACCGUCGAAUCGAAGUAAGUGGUGUGACGGCUUGCGAUGCGGUGGUGGCAGAUGAUCUAGUGGCUGAUGUAUCGGUUGAUCUUGGAGGCGGUGUGUCUAGUGGGUCUCUAAUGUCUGUGCCUGGGUAACUGACUACUCUGGAUAGGAUCGUGAAGAAUAGAUCGAGUACCAAAAGAGAUAGGAGGAAAGCAGCAACGGCUACUCUACGGGCGCACGCACAAGCCUCCCUGCACCACUUUGAAAUAACUCAACCUUCUGCCACGGCACGGCGGGUAUGGUGGGAUUUAUUGCGCCCGCCAAGUGAUUGCGAUUAUGGCUCCCGAUGAUAAUUACCUGAGGUUGGGUGAAGAAGGUAAACAGAAAGAUGGUUUCGAGCUGACAACGGGCCGAGCUCGUGGGGUUGGCAACUUAUUUACUAUUAUCUGACAUAGUCUGAUUGCGAUCCACCAGUACUAGGAUACUCCGUUAUUCAUUCGCAAUUGUAGUGUCGAUGUAAAAAAUGC